GCACUGCACCCGCCGCCCGCGACGCCCUCCACACUACUGGAGGAGCGUCGUCGUGCCGCCUCUAAUCAUUCACGUUUGCAAAUGCUACUCUUCAAGCACAAGGAAAUGCUUAAAAAAGACAUCAUUAAGAAAAGGGGACUCCUCGAAAAAGAACUUGGUGUCGAUAUACAGAAAGAACUUUCGUCAGAAAUAGCUUUACGAACUCGCGCCGAGCGCAGCAAACAAGAAGAGGUUCGAUGUGGAAAACGGCGUAGUGGUGGGAACGUGGCGUCUACUCCCAAACCUAACAAAAGAACAGGCAAAAAAGAGAAACUUCUUUGCAUUUGCCGUACUCCUUAUGACAAUACUAAAUUUUAUGUUGGUUGCGAACAUUGUAGCAAUUGGUUCCACGGCGAUUGUGUUGGGGUGACCGAAGAAAUGAGUAAAACAAUGGAAGAGUAUGUGUGUCCUGAUUGUCGACGCGCAGAGGAAACACAAGAACUUUACUGCUUAUGUCGACAGCCCUAUGACAAUUCGCAGUUUUACAUUUGCUGUGACCGGUGUCAGGAUUGGUUUCAUGGGCGAUGUGUUGGAAUUCUACAAUCUGAAGCUGAUAACAUUGAUGAGUAUAUAUGUCCAAACUGUCAAAAAAAUAAUUCUGUGAAUUUUGCAAACAUGAAAGAAUUAACACCCAAAGACUUUGAAAAUUUAAAGAGGCUUGUAAAACAAAUACAAUUACACAAAAAUGCUUGGCCUUUUAUGGAACCUGUAGAUCCAAGAGAGGCACCUACUUAUUACAAAGUUAUAAAGGAACCAAUGGAUCUGCAGACUGUGGAACGAAAAGUGAACGAACAAAUAUACAGUACGUUAAGUGAGUUUAUUGGUGAUAUGACUAAAAUAUUCGAUAAUUGUCGGUACUUUAAUCCAAAAGACUCGGAGUUUUAUAGAUGUGCGGAUGGUUUAGAAGCAUUUUUGCACAAAAAUUAAAUAUUUUCGUGAAAAGUUAUUUGAAAGUACGCAAUGAUGACAGUGCCAGUGGGAAAGUGUUGUAACAUUGAACAUUCACGCGGUUUGGUGCAGACUAUACCACUCUAAAAAUAUAUUUCAUUUGCUAAUUUUUCCCUACGAUCUGUCUGUAAAUUGUAAA